GCGCGCGCACGUGUUCAGUCCGAACUGUCAUGGAGCUCGUUUGACAGCACACAGUGUUUGUGUUUAAAAAUAUCGCGAAAUUCGGAGAUUUAAUGAUAACAUGGCAAUUACUGGCCCAAAAACCGGUGUGUGAGUGUUGUGCAAGUCGUUUCGGCAAAGAUUUCUGUCAAAACAUCCUCCACUUCACUCACCAAUUCGAAAACAAUCAACUGACCCCCUGAAAUAGAUCUACACCUGUGUCGAAAAAUCAAAAGGGAAACGGAGAAAAUGUUAGUCUGACAUCGGGUAUGGCUUCACCUGCAGUUUUCUGUGUCAAUCUACAACUAAAUCCGAACAACUCAAUUUCUAGUCAAGUGAAAGAGACAAAAAACGACAAGCCAAUGCACAACACAAACGCGAAACUGGUGCGUGCUCUGACGAACAACCUGACGGAAUCUCGGCCAUCGGGGGCCGAAGUGAAUCGCGGCAACAUAAUAUUCGUAAGGGGUGCAAAAACAUCGGAUGGCGGGCACAUUCUUUUGCGUACUGAUAGUUUACCGACAUCGAAAACAACCAGUCUUGUGCUCGAAGAGAGCGAUCAUGGAAAAUUGGGUCAGAUUUUCAUACAGCAAAGCGAUAUCGGAGAGGGUGUGUUGUUACAAUCGGUCAAACGGUUGGGUGGUGGGACGCCGAUUUUUUUGCUGAGCGGCAACGAUAACGGAAACGGACAUUUUCUCAUACAGACGACGAGUGCGGAAGAUGUGCACAGUGUCGCCGAUAUCGGGGAGGAACAGCCAGGAGAUAACAUCCUGUUGCAGGCUUUGGAAGGACUGCACGAUAACGAAACGAGCAACGGCAGGGGCAUUUCCACACCGAUUGGAUCAGACGGCGAACCCAUCAAACUGCCUGAAAAUCUGGAGAGUCUUCCUAGGGCCGACCAUUUCCCCACGCAAAGACACCGAUGGAACACCAACGAGGAAAUCGCAGCCAUCCUUAUCAGCUUCGAUCGGCACGCAGAAUGGCAGAGCAAGGAGGUCAAGAUCAGGCCGAAAAGCGGCUCGAUGCUGCUCUACAGCAGGAAGAAAGUGAGGUAUCGCAGGGACGGCUACUGCUGGAAGAAACGAAAAGAUGGAAAGACGACGAGAGAGGAUCACAUGAAACUGAAAGUACAAGGAACGGAGUGCAUAUACGGCUGCUACGUCCAUUCAGCGAUCUUGCCGACGUUUCAUCGGAGGUGCUAUUGGCUACUUCAGAACCCUGAUAUAGUUCUAGUCCAUUAUUUGAACGUCCCGUACCCGGACGACAACAAACUAGCCGUGAUAACCCCAAGUUUGGCUCUAUGGGCCGACAAGAAAGAAUGGACGAAAGACGAACUCGUCUCCCAAUUAAAACCAAUGUUUUUCAGCGAAGACGAACCCGACCUGAACAACGAAUUAGAAAUAUCGAAUUUCAAAUUGCAGACUGCUGAGACUGUGGAAGCCAUCGUUAGUCAAUUAAUGGAAAAACAACGCGUCGCAAGGCAAGCCGCUCUAGUCAAACAGUUAGAAUGCGGUUGUCCCGACUCUACUUGCGCCGAUGGCAAAAGCUGUUCGCAUCCAAUGCGACGCAUAACGUCGGCUAAAGACGUCUCGUCGCCUCUUCCGAGCUCCAGUUCGAAUUCCAGGCCUCCAAGUAGUGCCGACAACAACAAUCAAGUCUCUUCGACGACGGGUUCCGGAUCAAUGCUACUGAACAACAAUUCGCCUCGUGUUUAUUCGCGCGAAUCGCGUAACCAGAAUUGUUCAAGUUCGGGCAACACACCACCAUUGGUUCUAAGUUUGAGUCAGAUUCAAGGCGGGGGCGGAUUACUAAUCUUGAACAGUAGUAACUCAACAAGUCCAAACAACACGAAUCAGAAUCUUGUGACUCCGGUCAGUGUUGCGAAUUUCGUUCGCAGCGGCAAAAACGAGCAGCGAAAUGGCCAUUUGGUCUUGAAACAGGAAGUUAUGGAUACGAAUCCGUCUUCGUGUUGUCACCCUUCUUCCAAAGACAAGAUGAAUCAAAAGAUGGAAGUGAAUGACCGGCAGGUGUUCGAAGGGAUCUCGUAUGGCAGGCACCAUCAGACGGAGGUGGUCAUGUCAAGCGCCCCUUCGACACCUUCCAAGCACAUGGAUACGAGCCAUGAGGAGGUUAUCGAGGAUUACAAGCACCACAAUUUUGGCGAAACUGUUGUUCUUCUGGGGACGGAUUCGAGCGGGUCUUUGGUCAGUAAAAGCGACGGUUCUUCCAUAAUCAACGGUGGUUUUUUUAACGAAACGCUCGACUUGUCGCAAGAGGACAUCCAGAGGACUCUCUCGGCCAAUAUGCCAUUGUGUUCAAGUGAAUUAAACGGACAUCAGCGCCACAACUCCGAACCCAAUCCUCCCAACCGGCCGGCGAAGCAAAGUGCACCCCAGAACAUGACGCAGGAGAUCAACCCGAUGGACUUUAUCGACAGUUGCGACGUGGUGGUGUCGCCGACGCACGUGGUCGACGAUGAUGUGUUUGUCAAUUUGGACGCCUUCGACAUGCUGGGCGAAUUCCCGGACUUGGAGGGCUUGGAUUCGGGUCAAGCUGCGCUUUUAGAUGUUCAUCCGUCCGAAAACCGACACGAGAAGGCCCACGCUGAACACCCGUCGAACAAUUCGAUGGAAGGCUCGGCGAAGAUCACCGAUUAUUCGCCGGAAUGGGCGUACCCGGAGGGCGGUGUCAAGGUUCUAGUGACGGGACCGUGGCAUUCGUCGGGGCCCUACACGGUGCUCUUCGAUACAUUCCCCGUUCCCACAACAUUAGUACAAAGUGGGGUGUUGCGGUGCUAUUGUCCAGCUCACGAGGCCGGAUUGGCGACAUUGCAAGUAGCGUGUGAUGGUUAUGUGAUUUCCAAUUCUGUGAUAUUCGAAUACAAGCUACCACCCAGGGAAGAGCAGGUUGCUGCUCCGGAACCGAAAAUCGAAAGAUCCAAUGAUAAUUUACUCAAAUUUACGCUUUUACAAAGGUUAGAAGCGAUGGAUGACAGGCUGCAGAUUAAACAAGAACCGACCGAUGGCUCCGAUUGCGUCGAAGACACGGCUCUCUUCUGUCAAGCCAACUUCGAGGACCGCCUUGUCGGUUUUUGCCAAAAUAUGACAUCGCGAAUAUGGAGCCAAGGCGAAGAAUUGAGCGUUUCGUGGUUCGCCAGCCAUCGAGGCAUGACCUUACUACAUCUAGCGGCAUCUUUGGGUUACUCGCGCUUGGUGUGCGCUCUGCUCCACUGGCGGGCGGAAAACUCCUCGUUACUGCUCGAGACCGAAGUCGACGCUUUGAGCCAAGACGAGGACGGUUACACCCCUUUGAUGUGGGCCUGCGCUCGCGGCCACACCGAAACGGCCAUAAUGCUCUACAAGUGGAACCACACGGCCCUCAACAUGAAGAAUACGUCCAAUCAAACGGCCCUCGAGUGCGCCAAAAGCAACAAUCAUAACGAAUUAGUCAAAGAAUUGGAGAAGUUGGAAUUGAGACGUGAUAAAGCAAACAUGAUGUUGCAUAAUAGUUUUUCGACGGAAUCGCCGACGGUUAUUUCGCCGGCGAGUUCGGUGGCGUCGCUCAAUUCGAGCAAAUCGCACGAUGGGGUUUUUCUAAGACCGGGCGCCGUCACAAGGAGCGAAUCUCAAAAGUACAAAAUGUUGAAUAUCGAUCUCGACUCGGAUAAUAUCAUCGGAAGCAAGCCGAGUCCGCUGUUAUCAGAUUCUUCGGCGAGUACGAGAGGAAGCAACGGACAAAAAUUGAUAAAGAGGCCGUCGAUUGAUAGCGGCAUUCAUAUGAGUUGCGGGAGCUCGGAAAGUACAAAGUCGAAAAACUCCAGACUUUUCAGCUCAAGAUUGUCAAAGUUCGACCGCAGCAUGUCUUUGCCUCUGUCAACGCGCGAGAACUCGUUCGACAGCGAGCCGCCAGAGUCCGGUCGCCGAAUGGAUUUUGCGUUAUGCGAGAUAGGGAGUGGACCGAGAAGCAGUAGUCCCCUGAUUGAUGUGGAAGCGGUCUCUGAUGACGAAAGUGACAUCCACAACAGUACUGUAGGGGAGCAAGACGCCCGCGUAUUGACCCUCGCCGAACAAAUCAUCGCCGCAAUGCCCGACAGAAUCAAGAACGAGAGCGAAGACAUGCUCCUAGACACAAGUCCUGGCCCUCCCGAACCCAACGACACUUUAUCAGACGUUUUCAUGGAACCUCUAUUGGAUCAAUCGUCGUCAAGUUUCGAGUCAAACGAAUUCAACUUUGAGUUCUCCGACCACAACUAUCGAUAUUAUGACGUGGGGACGCCCUGCUCGAGUCUAAGUCCGGCCUCUUCGAGUUGUUUACAAUCUCCUUGUUCCUUCACGCUCGACUCGCCGUCCCCACCGCCCACCACCGCCGACUUUUGCGAGUUUUUCCAAGCGUCGGGGAGCCUCUUCGAGAAGGAUUUCUCCAACUUGACGCUUUCAGAUCGUGAGCAGAGGGAGUUGUACGAGGCUGCGAAGAUCAUCCAGAAGGCGUACAGGUCGUAUAAGGGGCGUUUGCAGCAAGAACAGGACAAGGAGAGGACGGCUGCCAUCGUCAUCCAGAAUUACUACAGACGUUACAAGCAAUACGCGUAUUAUAAGCAAAUGACGCACGCCGCGAUGGUGAUACAGAACGGGUAUCGGUCUUACUGCGAACAUAAACGGUUUAAGAAGAGCCAGGAAGCCGCCGUGUGCAUCCAGAACUAUUACCGUAACUACAAGGAGCAGGGGGGAAGGGGAAGCCGAGAGGGAACACCCGCUUCCGGGUUAAAACGAACUUAUUCGCAAAGACGCCAACAUCAAGCCGCCAGGAAGAUCCAACAGUUUAUGCGCCAAUCGAAAAACAAUCUCUGGGAUGAAACUAUGGGAAGUGUGGUUACAGAGAGAACGAGCCGAAAGAGAGAGGCAGGGGGGCCCGUUAGCGGAUGCCCAUCAAAGGUCACUGUCUCAAGGGGACUCCUGCACCUGCAUAGGCCCAAAUAACAGAUCAGGUAGUACCAACUUUUUAGAAGACCAAAGAAAUAUCAGUGAGAGGAAAUGAAGACCGGCUUUGAGUACUUAGCUUAAAACCAAAUUAACGCAUCUAACAGUUAGUCGUGAGUCUUGAUAAUCAAUCUCUUAAAAGAAUUAAUUUGUAAAUUACUGCAAUGUAGCAUUAUCCUAUAAUUAUAACUCUGAUAUGUACUUAUAUCUUUACAAUGUCUAUUUUUGGCUGUUAUUUGGUAAUUUUCAUGCAUUUAAAACGAAUGCAAGGAUCGACAACAAAAGUGAGAUGAUUUUAGACGUUGUACGAAAAUUUUUAUUAAUUCUGAUUAUGGAUUCAAAGCUGUGAUUGUAGUUUGGUUAUACAUUUUUCAAGGUAAAACUUUCAAUCCACCACGUUUGUGCAGAACAAUCACUCGUUUCUGUUUCUUGCCUUGAAAAAGUGUUUUGCCGAAGAUAGAAUUUCUAGUCCUAGUGUAGUGUAGUCUUAUUUAUAUCACCUUUAAAAUUUGAAACGUUCUUUCCUUUGUUAUACAAUGAAUGUUUUUGUACUUAACUGACUUUUGACUAAUUUCUUGAAAUGUUUUCACUGCCACUGUAGCGUAGUUUCUUAGUUGCAGUUCUAAAAUUGAAGCAAUACACAAACUAUGAUUUCGUUCCACUAGUACUAGUGUAUGACCUAAUAAUUUCUGUAAAGCUCAUACAUAUCAUUCUAGUGUUUAAUACGUAAUUGUAAAUGACCUGCUGUACAAUGAAGGAUUUUCUAGAGACGCUCUGUAUAUAAAUAGUUUCGUUUGUGUAUUGCGUACGAAUAAUACAUUGGUGCUCAAAUAUGUGUAUGCACAAUUACUUUCACUUAGGUUUUCGUUAAGUCAAUUAACGGCGGGGGACAAGUUAAUUUAAUUCACGAUCAAGUACCUGCAGGCAGGAUUAAGUUGUAAGAGAAUCCCUCCUCUGUAAAUAACUGUUGUUUGUUUUACGAGAUUUUAUCGGUUCAAAGCUGAAAUAUAUUUCUUCUAUAUAGCAGUACAUAAGUAUUAUGUAAAUUUUAAAUGUUGAUAUUAUACAUAAAAGAGAGGCUUACGAUUUUUAAUCUUAUUGCAUCUUUAGAUGAAAUUAUAUAAAUGUAGUUUUGCAAUUACUAGGGGAUAUUUUAGAAGAUAUAUCAGAUUUCGAAGAAGAAAAAAACAAAAAUAUUUUUUAUUCAAAUAUCUUGUCCAGAAUGGUUGGUUUUUGAGUGGACGCGUGAAUGUCAUUCAAUUGCUUUCGCUUCGAAAUAGUUUGGUUCGGACAUUACGCAGGCCUAAUUUUUUUUCGAUAUGAUACAAUCAAAAGUCUAAACAAUCUUUAGUGGUAAUAGUGGUGUGGUUGGCAGAACUGAAAGGCUGAUUCUUGUACAUAUUUCAAUGGAUGGUCAUUCGCUGGUUUAAAUUUUGUAAUAGAUAAAAAUACAUAACAACACCAAAAAAUAUCGAAAAUUGUAUAAAUUUGUAUUUUAAAUCAGUAUCUAUAUAGGGAUAAAGUUUUAUUGACUAUUCAAAUUAAAUUUUAUAUCUAUGAGACAUUACAUUACCUAAAAGUGUAUUUAAGGAUAUACUGUAGAGUGAGUUUAUUUUAGCCAAAUCCUACGUUAAGUUCUAUUUAUUGGAUAUUUAAGCUUUAAACCUCCUACUUAAUACAGUUUAAAGAAAUCUGUAGUAUUUAUUAAGUAGAUCAUUUUUGACUAUUAUUCUUAGGCAGAGUGCCGCUUAUUUUCGCUGAUGUUGUGUAGAGAGUCACGGAAAAUAACCGGCAUUUCGGAUAGUGUAGCUGCACAGUACCUAUAUCUAUAUUUACUUGUUCAUAAUCCAUUUAGGAAUUUCAAAUUGUUAUAUACACACUUCAAUACACAUGUAUAUUACUGAUAUACAUGUCUCACUGUAUUUUACAAUGGUUACUGCACUCAAUUCGUUCUGCGUUGUCCUAUUUCUACGUUUAACUAGGUUUAAGAUUGUUACUUUAUUGGCUCUUGUCAUUCCAUUAAAACUCGUUCAAAUUUCGUAUUUUGAUACUAUGUAUUUUAUAAUCUUGUUUCAAAUUUAUUAUCUUCAUAGUUUAAUUGUUACUCUUUUUUGUUUUCAAACUUUUAGUAGAGUGCAGUUGUUCAACUAUUGUUACAUAUUAUUGUGACUAAUAAACACUUUUCUGAA